AAGUUGUUGUAUAAUAAAAAACAAUAAGAGAUAAUGGCACAAGACGGAAAUAUAAAAGUUACAUUUGUGUCACAAAAAAUUAGGAAAAUACGAUGGAUACCUGAAGACUAUGCAGAAGCUCAAUGUUUUUUCACCGGCAGCUGGGAUGACGAGGUUAAUAAUAUUAAAGUAUGGAUUUUGGAUUAUAUAAAUGACAACGAAGUGAAAUAUCCUAAGGAUGUAUCAACAUUCAUAGUUGAAGGAAAUGUUACUGAAAUUCAAUUUACGAGUAAAAAUGUAAUAGCAGUUUCAACGUCGGAUGGAAAAGUUAGACUUUUGCAAAUAAGCGAAUAUGAAAGAAAAACUCCACUGAAAGAAGCUUUUAUAUGGAAUAACUUGCACAAAAUUGCUGGGCGAGCAUGUCCCUGCACAUCACUAGCCACCAUGGAGGGUGACAUAGCCACAGUGGGUGAAGAUGGCAAUGUCAACAUACUGAACAGUCGCAGAGGAGACAUCACCAGGACCAUAACAGAAGCUGACAGCUGCUCCUUACAUUCUGUCUGCUUUAUUAAGCAUAAUGAGGUAAUCACUGGUAAUCUGCGAGGACACAUGAAGAUUUGGGACCUCCGAUCAUCAGACAACAAGCCAACAAAUUCAUUUUUAUUUGGUGGUGACCAGUUAGCAACAACUUGCAUCAUCAAUCACCCAACACAACCAUAUUAUAUCUUAGCAGGCAGUGAAUCGGGGGCUAUAGCGAUGUGGGAUUUACGAGUAAAUACAUUCCCAUCCACAUUAAAAUCCCAUCCAUCAGGAGUAACAGAGAUGAAAUUCCAUCCGGAGAAUCCAAAUAAACUUCUCACAAGUUCAUUGUCUGGAGAACUGUGGGAAUGGAACAUGGAGGCUGUAAUGAAAAACACGAAAACUACGGAAAACUGGAUCGCUCUACAAGAUAAAAAUACAACACCUACUAAUACACUAUUGGAAUCUUUCAAACCUCUAAAUUCAUUUGAUUGUAACAAAGGUAAUAUUUUAGUUGCUGGUGAAAAUGAAGCUAUACAUUUCAUUAAGAAUUUUAAAUAUUAA